GUCAUAUUUUUGUAUCAUUCACACCCGAAAAAAAUCACUGCUUGUGGAUUUUGUGAUAAGGGGGAUGCCUGGGGCUGUUGCUGGAUCUUGGUUCCCAAGUGGCUUCCAUGGAAAUUUUAGGGGCCAUUUUCGAAAUGACUUUUAUCAAGAGUAUCGUAAGGAAGCAACACCCCAACCACCGCACAUGUUCGUUCAACGGAUGAAAGAACCUUCAAUGAAACAUACAUUUUCCAGACAUGAUAAUCGUCAUAUAUUCCCAAGCUCCGUUUCUAGUUUUGAAAAUGGAAUGGGAAAGAAGAAGGUUUGCAAAACAGGAGAGUCGAGCAGUUCCAUCUACUGGACUUCGCUAGAAGAACAGAAUAGGCAAAGGCCACUGGUCAGCACUUAUCGAACUGAUUUCUGGGGAGUGAAUGAAAGGUCGGAGAUGAAAUUUCCUCAACUACUUGUCCCCAGGUUUCGUAGGCUUUCAUCAGCCUUGCACACUGAAAACACAACGUAUAGGCAGAUGGUCCAGCCUCACCAGUUUGUAUCAUUUGAAAUAAUGCAUAAACCAAACACUCAGCAGUCUAUAGUAAAGAGCAGGUCCUACGCCUUUGACAACAGCUGCCCUGGAGAAGGAAAAAUGACAAAUAGAGGUCGUUCUGCUCCUGUAAAGCUAUUAACUGUGUCUGAUUGCCUUGUCUGGACUACCCCUAAAAACACGACUUUGCCCAAGUCCCAAACCUCAGAGACUGCCUAAUAGAUAUCCUAUCUUGAAAUGUAUGCCAAAAUGCUUGCUCUUUAUGACCAAACAUAAUGUUUACCAAAUGAACACUUAUGUAAUUUUUUUUAUUGUACUAUUUUAAUUAAGUAAUUUCUAUUGAUUUAUGUACAUAGUUAUAAAGAGGAUGAAACUGAGUUUUUACGUUUUUUUGUUUUUUAAAAAUGAAAAAGAAAACAUGUGGCCUUCAGUGUCUUCUGUCAAUGUUUAUAUCAUGGCAUUAUGAAA